AAAGAUGAUGCCCUGGAACGAGAGACUUUCUGUCGCCCCAAAAUCUCCUCCAUCUAGACGUGUUGAAUAGCGUCACGACGUAAUAAUAAAAUAUUGAGAGCUGCAUUUUGUGCUGGGCCCCCAUGUCGAGAGAGACUGCCCCGCAGACGGACCAACGGAGAAAAAGCUCGCAGCAACGUUUCCCAGUCGAGUCAUUCUCAAGUCACAUUCAGACCGGUGUGGAAGAGCUGCAUAUUAUCGUCGCGUGCGCUUUCAAACAAAAAAAAAAUACCCCGUGCAAUUCUCGUAUUUCCAUCAGCUGUCUUCGUCAAAGUUUAGUCUGCACCUCCGUCCAUCAAGACUCGGCACCUUUUGCGGUAAAAAUCAAUGUGUUCUCGUUUAACGGGCUAAUUAUCCUACCACAUUUGCACAAUAUGGCUGGACGUCCAAGAUGGCAGGCACUCGGUAAACGCGAGCCGGAACAGGAGCGCGAAGCUCAAGCAUGGAUUGAAAGCAUUACCGGAGAGCGGUUCCCUGAAGGUGUCUCUUAUGAAGACGCUUUGCAAGAUGGUGUUAUCCUAUGCAAAUUGAUGAACAUCAUUUCGCCCGGCUCUAUCAACAAGAUCAAUCCGAGCGGUGCUGGUCAUUUCAAGAUUUGCGAGAACCUUAACAAGUUCCAGGAGGCUUGCAAGAAAUACGGAGUCCCUGAAAGUGACAUUUUCCAGACGAUUGACCUGUCUGAGAAAAAGGAUAUUGCCAUGGUUACGUCAACCAUAUUCGGCCUGGGCAGCGCCACCUACAAGCACCCGGAAUGGCAAGGACCAAGUUUGGGACCGAAACCGUCUGAAAAGAACCAACGCAAUUUUUCCGAAGAACAAUUGAAGGCUGGCCAGACUGUCAUCGGACUACAAGCUGGAACCAAUAAAGGCGCCACCCAAGCCGGUCUAAACAUGGGAGCUUCGCGUAAAAUCCUUCUAGGCAAAUAAGCGGACGAGAGGAAUGUUUAAAUGGUCAAAGUUAGAAAGAAAAAAAAAAACCAAAAAAAAAUUGCAAACAAAUCUAUGCCAAACUGAAAGAAAACAAAAUUAUUUCUAUGCGCUUUUUACUUUUUAUUUCGUCUGUUUUACCUCUCGUCUUAAUCCUUUUAAUUCGCAUAAAUAGCAUCUACCGUUCUUUCGUCACUCGUUCCACGGAAGAUGUUUUUUUUUUCAAAGAAAAUCAAUAACCCCAUUUGAUUAAUAACGAAAAGACCGAAUGUAUUAGUAAUAGAACAGAAAAAAAAUCGAAGCAACAGAAAUACACUGAAGAAGUAACUUAAAAAAAUCAAUUCACCCAAAUAUUAUGAUCCAUUAGGGAAUGAAUUAAGAACCACGAAAAA